AUGGACUCUUGUAGGAGACACUCCACCCUCCCGUGGGCAAUUGCUCUGACUUGGAGCAUCAUCUGCGUAAAUGCUUUUACCACAUCAGCUGAGCGGCUCGGAGACCUGUCAGACUAUGAGUUGGCCAGCUUUGACAAUCCUGAUAUUUUGGAUAAAACUCAAAGACGUGCAUCAAAGUUCAAUCAUUUUGCAUUGAGUGACCAUGGCGAUGUGUAUGUGGGAGCUGUCAAUUGGUUGUACAGGUUGGAAAGUAGUUUGAAAAUGAUACAGAAUGUUUCAACCUGUGAUGACAGCAGGCCAGAUAGUGUGAUGCCCUGUCACCUCACAAAUAACUACAACAAGAUACUGGUAGUUGACAGUACCCGGCCGAACAGUCUGAUAACCUGUGGCGGUGUGUAUGAUGGUAUUUGUCAGUUACGACAGUUACAGGAUAUUAGUAACGUGAUGAUGGAGUCGGUUCCUAACGUUGCAGGGUUUGAGGACGCAUCUACUGUUAGUAUGAUUGCUCUAGGGAAAGAUGGGCAAGAAAUGCUUUAUGUGGCUGUUACUUAUACUGGUGAAAAUGUUAAUGAUCAAGGGAAUUUUCCAACAAUAGCAAGAAGAACCCUUGAAAUCAAUCGCUAUGAUCAGAGUUCUCUGUUAUCAGCGAUACAGCGUGACGAUUCCAUCUUUUUUAAUGACCCUGCUAAGCAUACGAUCUUUUCUAUCAAGUAUGUUGCAGCAUUUGCCCACAGUGGAUUCACAUACUUUGUUGCAUCCCAGAAGGAGGAUUUGAAUUCUGCCCAAUUUGUUACUAAGAUGAGCAGAGUAUGUCAAUGCGGUCCAAACCUAGACGCCUACACAGAAAUUACCCUACAGUGCAGUGGAUCAGAUGGCAGUGUGUACAGCUUGGUGCAAGCAGCUCACUUUGGACCAGCAGGACCUGAUCUAGCGGCAUCAUUGGGUCUCCAUGCAGACGAGCAGGUGGUGUAUACUGUGUUUGCCAAGAACCAAGGAGCUCCGGGUACCAGUGAUGUACCCAUUGAUCACUCAGCUUUGUGUGUGUACAGGAUGACGGAUAUCUUGGCUGCCUUCAGAGAGGCAGUGCGGGGAUGUAUUCAGGAUGGAAAUACGUACUCUAUUAACUAUUUGGAGGGUUCUUUUUGCAGUACGUUCGGGAUUCCCAUUCUGGAUCGCUAUUUCUGCAUACCCCUGACCGAUGAUGCUAUUCAAACGCCAUUAUUCCAGUACGCCAAGGGCAUAGCCCCCGUUCCAACCACGGCAAUUAUAGAGCUGCCUGGUACUCUCAUGUCGUCCAUCAUAAUCACAAUAGAAUUCAACCAUACAAUCGCUUUAAUCGGGACAUCGAGGGGAGAUCUACUCAAGGUUCAUAUGGAAAGUAGCACUGCCAGCCGACUUUAUGAACGUAUUGGCGUUGAUACCAGUCCAGUUCUGCAAGAUGUCAAGGUUAAUGAAUCAACACGUGUACUACUUCUCUUGACGGAACAAAAGUUGGUGAAGCUUCGUGAGGAGAAUUGUGGCCAAUACACUACAUGCGGAACGUGUAUUGGGACUGAUGCAGGGAAUGAUGGAGACCCAUAUUGUGGAUGGUGCACUCUGAAACGAAGAUGUACGAGAUAUUCAGACUGUCCAUCAGCUGAUGUAUCUACUCGAUGGUUGGCCUACAAUGCUGCAAUUAAUAUUACUGAUGUAGCUCCCUAUGAUAACCUGCCAAUUACAGUCACUGAGCAACAGGUGAGAGACAGAUGUAUUGAAAUUACAUCUAACUUGCAGAUUUGUUAUGGAAUGAUCCAGAAGUAG